CCUGGAUGAUAUCUCUCCUCGCGAGUGGACAAGCUUCUCGUGUACUACAAGUUGCUGAGCGUCUAUCAAGAGUCCCAAUAGUGCCACCUAUUGAAAGUCUCAAACAAAUUGGGCUUAUUCUUGCGGAUGGCGAGGAGCAGAACCGUAAGAUAUUGGAACGAUAUCUCUCCUCGGCACGGGGACAACUUCAGUCGGACCUCAUUUCCUCAUAUCUCUGUUUGCUAGAAUCGGAUGAGGAACUUGGUCGACUUGGAGCCAUACGAGCACUCACCGUCAUUAAUUUAGUGCAGUUACAGAACUCACGCACUACGAGACAGCUUUCUCACGUCGCAGAGAACGAUUCGUCCGAGAAGGUGAGACGUGAGGCUGCUCGAUUGAUACGUCGUCUUAGCGGUAGCAAAACACCGUCAGAUGACGAGCAAAUCACACGCAUCUAAUA